CCGGCGAACGUCGACAGUGUCACGUCGUACCAAGCUCAGGGAAACAGUACCUCUAUUUGUGUGUUUUCGUGCCUGUGUUUUGACUCGAGUGUUGAGUUUUUAUUAUUUUUUUUGAAACGGACAAGUGUUUUGUGACUGCGUGAUAUGCAACGAAUUGGUGUUUAGCGUCGUUCAGCGGGCGAUGCUCACAGGAGAGCAUGUGAUGCCGGCCUUUGACGCCCGGCGCCAUGCCUACGCCGCUGCAGCCCGGCGGCCCCGCUAGCGGCCCGCCUCCGGAGCGUAAGCGGCGCCGCAAACGCGACGACCCACAAAGUUCCGCCGCCCUUGAACCUGACGAAGACGACGGCGAAAUGAGCCCUGAGGAAGAGCCGCGCAAUACUCCCGCUGCUCCUGCAGCACCCACACCCGCGCCAUCGUCUGCGCCUGCACCUACAUCACCUCCUGCCGCACCAGACGCAGUUGAUCUUACUUCACGUCGAGAUUCACCACCACUAUCGUCUGAUGUAGAACAUUUUGAUGGUAAAAUCGUUUACAAUCCUGAUGGAUCUGCAUACAUUAUCGAGGACCCAGAAAUAUCAGAAGGUGAAACGAGUCUUCCUGACUUACCUAAAAUAGAACCCGGUUGCAUAGUGGAUAGCAGAGAAAGCAAUAUCACAGAGAGGCAGCUUGAGUUUCCACAAAUUGCAAGUGCAUUCUACGUGUCCAGAAAUCCUUCCUUGUACGGUGCUUUGUACGGAAGAUUAGCAGCUGAAAGAGCGCGCGCAAGGCCGGAUGCUCCGGUUAUGCAUAGUUACAGAGUGUUCAGUUUUCGUGGAGGAAAAGACGCUCCUAGAUCUUCAUCUCCAGUGCCAGAAUGCCCUGUUAGUGUGCCGGUUAAACCGAUUCUUAUGUGUUUUAUAUGUAAAUUGAGUUUUGGUUAUGCCAAAUCUUUUGUGGCACAUGCCCAAUCGGAUCACAGUUUAUCACUGCUUGAUUCCGAAAGAGACGCUUUAUCAAGAGAAAACGCUUCAGCGAUUAUCCAGUGUGUAGGAAAAGACAAAGAAGCUUUGGUAUCAUUUUUAGAACCUCUAGGUUCGGCUGCGCCACGAGCUUCUGUUUCUGGGAGCCCUGCAAAUAUAUCUGAAUUAUCAAGUCCUUCUAUUGACAAGUUACAAGAUAACAUGACUACAGAAAGAGAAAAUGAUUUAUCGUUACCCAAUGGCUCGUGUGAUGACAGACGGCCAAGUCCACCUACCUGGAGGCCGCCAAGAUCAUUGGCUGAAUCAUUGAUGCCACAACAUUCCAUGAUCUCAGUUGCUCAUCCACAUACUAUAAACGCUUCAAUACAAUCACGUGCUAGCCCUAACUCUUCGCCACCUUUUCAAGCUGCACCCCCAGCUUUUCUGUCUGGAACAACGAUAGGAGUAUGUCCUGACCAUCUAGGAGGACGACCAUCUGGUGCAGAUUGUCCAAAAUGUGAGCUUAUCUUAAAUUCUGGAAGGUUAGGUGGUCCAUUAGCAGGAAUGCAUAGCAGAAAUUCUUGUAAAACCCUAAAAUGUCCAAAAUGUAACUGGCAUUACAAGUAUCAAGAAACGCUAGAAAUACAUAUGAAAGAAAAACAUCCAGAAGCAGAAACAAGCUGUAUUUAUUGUAUUGCUGGUCAGCCUCAUCCACGAUUAGCACGGGGAGAAACUUAUACAUGUGGAUACAAACCAUACAGAUGUGAAGUCUGUAACUACUCUACUACUACAAAAGGAAACCUGAGCAUACAUAUGCAAUCAGAUAAACAUUUAAAUAAUAUGCAAGAGUUACAAAAUGGAGGCAACCCUGGAGAAGGAAAUUUACCACCAGCCCAACAUACACCACCAGGUGCCCAUAAGCCUCCACUGCCACAUCAUUCGCCAUUGGGACAAAAACCAAAACCGACAUUUAGGUGUGACGUAUGUAACUAUGAAACAAACGUUGCACGAAAUUUAAGAAUACAUAUGACAUCCGAAAAGCAUACACAUAACAUGCUUGUACUACAACAAAAUGUAAAACACAUGCAAACGCUAUCUGCUUUACAUCACAGGCAACAGAGUCAGCAACAGCUGGAGAACUUGUUACAUUUUCAUGGCGGUGAUGCGCCUCCACCAAAUCCUGAGGCAGCUUUAGCUGAUAUGGCAUACAAUCAAGCCCUUAUGAUUCAACUAAUGACUGGUGGACCUGGGCCUUCGCCCCCAGAAUUAGGUGCCCAUCUUGACGUUGGGUUGAAUCCAGAGGCCAUGGAACCUCCACCAGAGCCGGCAGAUCCAGAACCUGAAAGAACAUUUCACUGUUGUAUUUGCAAUUGUUUUUCAACCGAUUCUUUAGAAGCCCUGGGCCAUCAUUUAGCUCAAGAUCGCACAAAAAUCAGAGAACAAGAAAUAUUGGCCCUAGUUGCUGGACAUUACGUAUGUAAAUUAUGCACAUACAAAACUAAUUUGAAAGCAAACUUCCAAUUGCAUUGCAAGACAGACAAGCAUCUUCAAAGGCUACAGCAUGUGAACCAUGUGAAAGAAGGUGGACCCCGAAAUGAAUGGAAACUGAAGUUUUGUGGUGGAGUCGGUACUGGAGGAGCUGGAGUAGGUGGUGUUCAAGUCAGAUGUUGUGCUUGUGAUUAUUACACAAAUUCUGCUCAUAAAUUACAAUUACAUGCCGCUGGAGCUAGACACGAAGCAGCUGCAUUGUUAUUACGUCAUCUUAGAGAAUGCGCUUCAAGAAUACCCCGUGAACGUCCUCGUGUAUAUCGUUGUGCACUUUGUGGGUUCAAUGCUCCCCACAGACUACCACUUCUACAACACGUGCGUUCUGUGAAACAUUUACAAAUGGAACAAAUUCAUCAACUUCAACGUCGCUCCGAGGGCAAAGAUCCAACUCCUGAUGUAGCUGAACUCUUCCAAGUUAUUCCUCAACCUCCAGAGCUGCCCUACGAUCAACAAGAUAAUGAUGUUAAGGAGCCAGUUGACCAAAAGCCGGAACUGACACAAGAACAGAAAAUGAUGCGAUUUUUAGAACAACACCAACAACAGCAGCACCUGCAGCAGCAACAAACACAGCCUAUACAACAACAAUCUCAACAGACUGUUAUCGAUAAAGAAGAAGAACAAGAUGUUUCAGGUCAACAUACCUGUCCUUACUGCAAUUUUAGCUGUGGAAGCGAAAGUAAACUAACUGUCCAUGUUAAUUCUGUACAUGGUGAUACUGCACGUCAUUUUAUUUGCCCACUGUGUCAAGAUGCAUUUAAAGACAGACCAUCUCUCGAGAGGCAUGUAAUGCAAAUCCACUCUGUAAACUCGGAAGGAUUACAACGUCUUCUAUUACUGGUUGACCAAAGUCAUUGGCUUAAUGGUGGAACGCAACCACAGAGAGACGAAUCGCGACAGAAUGAAGAAAAUGAAAGAGAAAUUUCAUCGCCUCGCUCUGAAGGGAGCGUAGACGGAGAAACUGAACGAUGUUUAACAUGUAAUCGCACAUUCCGCAACGUCGAUGAAUUGUGUCAACAUCAGAACGAAUCUGGCCACCUAGAAUUGAAACAAACUCCCCAAGGUCCGGGAUAUGUAUGUUGGAAAAAGGGAUGCAACAGAUAUUUUGAUUCUGCUCAUGCAUUACAAAAUCACUUUAGAGAAGCUCAUGCACGUAAUUCAAUUGCAAACAUGUCAGUAUCGGAAAAACAUGUAUAUAAAUAUCGCUGCAAUCAGUGUAGCUUGGCCUUUAAAACGGUAGAAAAGCUGCAAUUACAUUCCCAGUACCAUGUCAUUCGUGAUGCUACUAAAUGUGUUUUGUGUGGGCGGAGUUUUAGAUCCAUUUUAGCUCUUCAAAAACAUGUUGAGACUUCGCACCCUGAACUUUCAGAGGAGGAAUUAAAUGCUUUCAAGCGUAGUCUAGCUUCAAAUCCAUUAUUACAAAGUAACCAAGGAGUUGCUUUAGACGCCACCACUGUAGAUUUGUUACGUAAGGAGUCACUCAGAACCCCAGAAGAUGAGCUUGGUGAAAUCGAAGACAGGGAUUCAAGUGCUACUGCUGCUGAUGAAUCUGGCCACAAUGACGCCGAAAACUCAGAUGAUUCAAUUAUUUAUAAAGACCAACAAUUUCUUGAAGACUACCUUAAUUCUCAAGCGAUGGCUGAAGAUUCUUAUAAUGAUCCUAACAGAAAAUAUAAAUGUCAUCGCUGCAAAGUUGCUUUUACUCGACAAUCCUAUUUGACUGCUCAUAAUAAGACCCUUCUGCAUAGAAAAGGCGAAAAAUUAACCUACCCUAUGGAGAAAUAUCUUGACCCUAACAGACCCUUUAAAUGUGACGUAUGUAAAGAAUCUUUUACUCAGAAAAAUAUAUUACUUGUUCAUUAUAACAGUGUGAGCCAUUUGCAUAAACUCAAGCGCGCUAUGCAAGAGCAACAAAAUAAUAAUAAUCCUCCAGUUUCGCCAAGCGCAGGUACAGCGCCCUCGAAUUUAACUUUAACACCUAAAAGUACCUCCAGCGAAGAAGACGAUCGUAAACGAUAUAAAUGUAACAUAUGCAAAGUUGCAUACACCCAAGGCAGCACCCUAGAUAUACACAUGAGAUCGGUAUUACAUCAAACUCGAGCUGGCAAACUACAAGAGUUAGCAGCCGCUGGUCACGUGGACUUAUCUCGGCCCUUAGUAGAACAACCGGACAGAAACGACCCCGCUAAAAUUUUACAAGACGUUUUGUCGCCAAAAAAUACAUCCCCUUCAUCUACUAGCAGCGGGGGGCCUCGCUCUUCACCCCCCGCACGCCCAGGUAGUCCGCGAUCCCCUCGCACAGGUAGCGCCUCGUGCGAGCGUUGCCACGCGUCAUUCCCAACUGGGGAGUUACUCGACGCACACCGUGCAACCUCAUGCCCGUUUGGAGAUGCGCGGGCUCAUUCGCCGCUCGGUGACGCAGAGGCAGCCGCUUUAGACGAGAUGGUAGCCAAGGGCAAUCCGCCCAAACGAAACUCACAAAUGUAUAAGCAACUCUUAGAAACAUUUGGAUUCGACCUCGUGAUGCAGUAUAAUGAAAAUCAGCGGCGCAAAUUGCAAGAGGAACGUGAAAUGGCACGUGUACCUAGUCCUCCCCCUCCCCCUCCGGAAGAGAAACCUCCCGAUGGAGAGAUAAAAUCGACGUGUCAACAUUGUAACAAGGAGUUUUCUAGUGUGUUUGUUUUAAAGACUCAUUGUGAAGAAGUGCAUAAGGACAAAGUACCACUUGAAUUUCUAGAACAGUUCGCAGAACAGUUUAAAUCAGAAUAUGAAAGGAAAUCUGGUGCACCGAACUCACCACGUGCUGCCUCCCCAGCACCUCAAGGCGACCGGUCACCAUCACCUCGCGGUGAUAACAGUAGCAACUUCAACGAUAGUGCUAAUGGUCAGGGUGAGGCUCAAGCCGGUGCCUUAUUGGCAGCUCAAAUGCAAGAAAUGCAGGCUGCCUUAAAUAUGAUACAGCUACAGCAACUCGGUCAACUUCAUCCUAUGAUGGCUCAAAUGUUAUCCCUGGGUCUUCCACUGGGCUUGAACAUGAGUGCUUUGGCUGCUAUGAACCUGCAGCCUCCACUGGUUUCCCUGAUGCUUCCUCCGCCACCCUUCGACGCCAUGCCUUUUUCACACGAUGCUCAAUUAAAACAACAGCAGCUGUUGCAGCAACAGCAGCAGGUUAGUGAUGAUGCAAAUGCUGCAGCUGGUCAAAAACGCGCUCGUACUCGUAUUACUGACGAGCAAUUGAAAAUUUUACGCUCUCACUUUGACAUCAACAACUCACCAAGUGAUGAAGCUAUUGCUAAAAUGGCCAAACAAUCUGGACUUGCUACUAAGGUUAUCAAGCAUUGGUUCAGAAACACUCUGUUUAAAGAACGUCAACGUAAUAAAGAUUCACCAUACAACUUCAAUAAUCCACCGUCAACGACACUUAAUCUAGAAGAAUAUGAAAAGACUGGGGAAGCUAAAGUGACUCCUUUAGAUUCCUCGGCCAGCUCUGAUGAAGGAAAACCACCGCCUGAAAAAAAAGCAAAAACUGAAGACAUGACUGCUUUGAACAUGAGUCAUCAACAUGAAGUAAAAUCCGAACCAAAUGAUGAACCUACUAUGGAAGAGAAAUACAACUCAUAUGAUGAUCGCCAUCAAGAAGAUAGAAGUUUUAAUUUUCCUCAAGUUCCUCAGAGCCCAGCAUUAAGUACAGCUGAAGUUGUACAAAAUAUGUCACGACCGCAGACACCUACACAUAUAUCAUUGAAUUCUUUGAUUCAAUCGCAACUUGACUCUAUACCGGCAACAAGCAUACCCCAGCCACCUCAUCCAUCUAUGCUACCACCGAAGUUGAAUCCGAAUUUCACGUCCCCAAACUCCGCGCCCCCGAACGUCCUACCUUUGACCCCAAAUCGCAGCCUAAGCCCUGGCAGGGUUCCGGCCGAUUUCGGACUUUCCGGGGGCAACUCGAAUGGAUCCAACAGCUCGGGGUCUUCUGGCAAACGCGCCAACAGAACUAGAUUUACUGACUACCAAAUCAAAGUUUUACAAGAAUUUUUUGAAAAUAACGCAUACCCAAAGGAUGAUGACCUAGAAUACCUGUCAAAACUACUAGGAUUAAGUCCUAGGGUAAUCGUAGUAUGGUUUCAAAACGCACGUCAAAAAGCUAGAAAGGUAUACGAAAACCAGCCCGCAGCCGAUCCACCAGCUGGAUCAAUGGAUGACGCUAAUAGAUUUCAAAGAACACCUGGCUUGAACUACCAAUGUAAGAAGUGCCAACUUGUAUUUCAGAGAUAUUAUGAACUAAUAAGACAUCAAAAGACUCAUUGUUUUAAGGAAGAGGAUGCGAAACGAUCAGCGCAGGCGCAGGCGGCUGCUGCUCAAGUGGCUGCUACCCUUAGCAGCGAAGACUCUAAUUCAAGUACCGUAGAACACCACGUUCCGCAUGUGCCAGUAUCACCGGCACCACCUCGAACUCCUACGCCUGCAGCCCCAAAUUAUCCAGUAUCCCCGGCCCCUACAACUCCUCACACACCUGUCACUCCUCUCACUCACCAACCGAGAGAAGAAAAAGAUGGAAAUUUUCAGUGUGAUAAAUGUAACUUAGUCUUCCCACGAUUCGAUCUUUGGCGGGAACAUCAAUUAGUUCAUAUUAUGAACCCUAAUUUAUUUCCUUCCUAUCCACCAGAUUCCCCUUUUGGAAUCUUACAACAACAUGCUCAGCUACAACAACUCAAUGCUUCACUCACGAAUGAUGAAUCACGCCAUCCUCUGGUAGCAGCACUCAACCAACAAGUAGCGAAGAGAAAAUUUGAUGAAUUUGAAGAAUCUGAAACUGGUGAACAACCAAAAGAUAAGCGACUUAGGACCACCAUACUACCUGAACAAUUGGAUUAUCUCUAUCAGAAGUACCAAAUAGAAUCCAAUCCAUCACGAAAAAUGUUAGAAAAUAUUGCUCGUGAAGUUGGAUUAAAAAAAAGAGUGGUACAAGUUUGGUUCCAAAAUACGCGAGCAAGAGAAAGAAAAGGGCAAUUUCGGGCUCAUGCACAAGUAAUAAAUAAGCGUUGUCCAUUUUGUCCGGCUCUAUUCAAAGUUAAGAGUGCUUUAGAAAGCCAUUUAAGCACUAAACACGCCGACCAGUGCGCACGAGGGGAAAUCAACGUUGACGCUCUACCGGACGAAGAACUUAGUACAGAGUCAACACCAAGUUUUGGUUCGCAACAAAGUGAUAGACAGCAAAAUUUUUCCCAAGCGGGGGCUCCCAUGUUGCCCCCUAUUUUUCCACCUUUUCACUCAGACAUGGAGAAGUUUAUCAAACAGUACAGUGAAGAAUCAAUGAAACGAUAUGUCAGUGAGCUUCAAGCACACGCAGCAGCUCAACAGAAUGGUAAUAGUAAUGAAAUCUCUGAGCAACGUGAACAUGGAAAAUCGGAAAUACCACUAGAUCUAAGUAAACCCGUCGACUUAUCACGUCCAGGAUCAGAUGCUGAUGAACGAUCUGAUACCGCAUCCGAAACUAUGGAGUUUUAUGAGGAAGAUGAACCUACGUCACCUAUAGCCGGUCAACAGCAUACGCCGAGACCUCCUGGUAAACGAUUUCGUACUCAAAUGUCUUCAGUUCAAGUCAAAAUAAUGAAAUCAUUAUUUAGCGACUAUAAAACUCCUACAAUGGCCGAGUGCGAAGCACUUGGUCGAGAAAUCGGCUUACCAAAGCGAGUAGUUCAAGUAUGGUUCCAAAAUGCUAGAGCCAAGGAGAAGAAAGCGCGUCUUGCAGCAGGAUUAGCUGAAGUAUCUGAUGCGCAACCACCAGAAGAAUGUCGAGUAUGUGACUUUAAAUACAGUCAUAAGUAUUCGGUACAGGACCACGUGUUCACACGAGGGCACAUCGCUGCGGUGCGCGCUCGAUUAGAGAGCAGCGCAGGCAGCGGAGAGGACAGCACGCUUGCGUUAAUGCAGAUGGCGGCGCGACUGGAGAGCGGCCUUGGGGGCGAGCUGCAUAACGCAUUUCUGCGGCCACAACUCGCCGGCAACGGUGAGUGUACAACUUGACCGUGGUCGACGUCGUCUAGUGUGUAACAACACUACACGACAUCGGACAUCCCUAUGUUAGAGCAUCGCAACAGCGAGCCUCGCGUACUUUAGAAUACCUGUUUAAUGUUUAUAGUUCUUCACUUGUAGAACCAAACCAACCACGGUGUAAAGUUCGUAUAGUGUCGUUACAGUCGUUGAUCUAUUUUCCUACUAGUGAGUCCUUUUUGUAAAUAAUUUUAGGUGUUACGAUAUCGCUACGUAAUUAUUAUGUGAUGUUAAUUUUCAAUAUUUGUGGCUUUGCUAUGUGAAUUUGUUGAAGUAAUGUCGCGUUUGUUAUGAAUGUUUAACGAAAUAAUAUUUCACUAUUCGAGUGACAAAGCAUAAUAACGGAGGUUAUUAUUUGUAACAUACGUUUAAAUAAUACUGUCUUGUCAUCUUAGUAGUUAAUAUGUAUUCGGUCUUUGUUUUUACUGUUGGAGUGAUCGCGAGUGUUGGUGAGGAGCGCGGGAGGCGUGUCGGUCGGCGGUGGGCCGGUGGACGUCCCUCUCUUAGUUGCCGCUAUUUAAAUGCAAACGAACACAACAAUGGUAGGAGUUAGGACGCGUGAAGGACGUCGUAUAUCUAAUGAGACCGAUCUGGCGCACAUGCAUUCUCUCCACAUGAAUAAUCAAUUAUUUAAAUGACGCCAAUCAAAAGACUUUCUUGGAAAUUCUUGAUGACAAUUGUUUCUUUAUUCUCAUUACUUCUAAUAAAUUCAUUAAUUCGACGUAUUGAAAUUAAACAUCACAUAGUAAUACGACUGACGAUCUAGUAAUCUGUUGCAUAAUAUUAUUCUUCCUAGUUGUUCAUAUUUAAAACUCCUAUUAGGUUUUAGAGACUUGUCGUUUGUUGUAGGAUUGUAAUGAAAACCAAAUUAUAUAUUGUAGAGAAUUUAAAACAUUUAGUUAUUAUGUAAAGUCAAAGCGAAGCCUGAAGUCUUUAUUACUAUUUAAAUAAGGUGCCUUGUAGGAUCCAAGUGUUUUGUAAAUUAUUUCCCACAACUCCACUGUAAAUAAAUACUUCAUCAUGUAAAAGUAUACUAUUAGCGUUUAAUGUUACUUCGGUGUAAAAUUUAUCUCGAACCGUGGCCUGUUCGCUCUGCGUUCUACGAUGAGUAGUAUGCACUAUAGAUAGAUAGAUUUAAUAAAUAUAUUGUUCGUUUGAUAGAGGCAUCUUAAAACUUGUGAUAUAACUGUAUCUAAUUAGUUUACUACACAAAUUUUCUGGAAAGGGAACAAAAUGAAUACAGACAUAACAUAGAGACCCUGUCGCGUUUUACAUAAUAAUGAAUUCGUCUGUGGGGUCGCAAGCUGCAUUUUUUGAUAAUCUACAACAUUUACAUAAGAGUGGUUGAAAAUUGGGGACUUGGGCGAUAUGCAAAUAUUUUCUUGAAAUUUAAAUGUUCCGCACAUAGAGCUCGUGCGCCGCCUCCGGUAUCAAACAACCGCGCACGCGCUGCGGGUGACGCCGUUCUAUUUCUAUUUAUUAUGUGAAAACCUACCUCCCGUCUUACGUGCCAAGAUACUUUCGUAUUACGCUUUCAAAUGCAAAUACAUAUUGCACUUUGAUAACAAUAUAUUUAACAUUUGAUCCACGCACUAUUUACAGGUACUGAUUUAUUUGCAUAUCGCUGUAUUAUUUUUUUAUUUAUCCUUUUUGUUAUGUUUGUAUUUAUUUUUGUUCUUUAGUUUUUUAUUUUUUAUUUUUAUUUGUUUCGUUUAGUUUAUAUGUACAAGGUAUGUCAGUGAGUAGACUGCCCUGACAUUGAAAUUGCCUCCAAUGCGACUUCCAAUAACUUUAUAUUAAUUUGUAUUAUUUAAGUUUACCUAAUUAUAUGCAAUCUGCAUUUACUGUUAUUCAGAUGAUAUUUUUCGAAUAGUUUUAAAAGUGAAGUCUUGUGCCAGCCAGUGAAAAAUAUCUUUAGUAAACGAUAAAAAUUAUCGUUGUUUACUAUAGAGAUGGAAAAAAUCUUGUAAACUGAAUAGUAUUAUUAUAAUUAUCUACAGUUAUUAUAUUUUGCCGAAUUCGUUGAAAUAAAUGCAAUAUUUAUAUUAUUGA